CUCCGUUUAUAUUUAGAAAAUAUUAAAAUAGCUUUCACUCUCUUCUCUCUCUACUCCGAGUCUCAAUCCCCUCCGUGUGAGUGCACGAUUUGAGAAAUUGACUUGCAGAAAGCAGACUUGAAACCAACAGAGAGGGAAAAGAGGCCAGCGAUGGAUCCAGAUUCUGUGGCGAAGGCAUUCGUGGAGCACUACUACUCCACCUUCGAUGCGAAUCGGGCCGGCCUCGCCAGCCUCUACCAAGACGGCUCCAUGCUCACCUUCGAGGGCCAGAAGAUCAUGGGAUCCACAAACAUCGUCGCCAAGCUCACCAGUUUGCCGUUCCAGCAGUGCCAGCACCACAUCAGCACCGUCGAUUGUCAGCCGUCCGGCCCCGCCGGUGGAAUGCUCGUCUUCGUCUCUGGAAAUCUGCAGCUCGCCGGUGAGCAGCACAUGCUCAAGUUCAGUCAGAUGUUCCACCUGAUGCCAACUCCUCAAGGAAGUUUCUACGUGCUAAAUGAUAUUUUCCGCUUGAAUUAUGCCUGAGGCCGGCAGUGCAAAUCGAACAGAAAUAGGGGCUUGACCGAAAUUUGUUUGCCUAUGCUCUCUUGUGUUUUAAAGUGAAAAACAAUGCUGCUAUUCCAGAAGUUGGAUUUAGCUUCAUCUGCUUGGGUGUUUGUGUAUUUUUAGUAGCUAUUCGUAAUGAUUUCUGUCGAGUUUCAUUACCAUGACUCUCUCUUUACAACUUUCUUAUCUUUCUUAGAUGAACUUGAAUAUGUUUGUUGGCAUUAAGAAUUGAAGAUCACAGGCAGUUGGAUCA